UUAAUGUUGCCCAAAAUAUUUCAGAAUCAAAGAUAAUAAGAACCAAUCACGAAAAUAAAAGCUUGAUCAAUUGAUGCUUUACCUCGUGGAACAGCGAACGUGCUGAGCACCUCCCUCGCUGUGUGACUGUUGGCAUUUAGUUCACUCUACGAGUCUGUCAUGUCGUGGUUGCUGGACGAGGCGGUGAAGUGGGAGACGGGCAGUGUGAUCACCUACUCGAUCAUCACCACCUUCAUCACCUUGACGCUGGUGUGGUACUUCAAGAGGCAGCAGAAGGUGUGGCUGCUGGAGCAGAUUCCGGGUCCCAGAGGUCUUCCAAUCAUCGGCAACGCUCUCUUCUUUAAUGCGGACUCGUCAGAACUCUUCAAGAGGUUCUUGGCAGUGGCAGAGAAAGGUGAAGUGACCAGAUUGUGGUUGGGUAGCACGGGUACGUGUCUCCUCAGCUCCGCUAGAACUGCCGAGGUAAUUUUGAGCAGCACAAAGCACUUAGAUAAGAGCGAAGACUACACUCUCCUUCAUCCAUGGCUUGGCAAGAGCCUCCUCACCUCCGCUGGCAGUCACUGGCAUGCUCGCCGGAAGCUUCUCACCCCAGCGUUCCACUUCAAGAUCCUGGAGCAGUUCAUAGAGGUCUUUAACAGACAGAUCAACAAGAUGGUGCACAAAUUGCUGAAGAAAGCUGAUGGAAGCCCCUUCGACAUAUUUGACGACAAUACCCACUGUGUUCUGGAUAUAAUUUGUGAGACAGCAAUGGGACGCUCCAUCAACGCCCAGGAUAACAGUGAAUCCGAGUACGUCCAAGCUGUGAGGAGGAUAUCUGGAUUAAUACAAUACCGCCAAUUUCGACCUUGGAUGUACAAUGACUUCUUAUUCAAACUGCUGGGUCCUAUCAAGGAAUAUAACGCCUGCCUCAAGACCCUCCACGACAUGUCCAACAGCACCAUUAAGGAGAGGAAGGCGUCCCGGAAAGACAAAGCAAACACUGAGGUCCUCGAGGAGGAAGAAGUAUUCGGGAAGAAGAAGCGUCAGGCGUUCCUGGACCUGAUGCUGGAGUACGCUGAAGAAAACCCCGAGUUGACAGACGAGGAGAUAAGGAAGGAGGUGGAUACAUUCAUGUUCGCGGGUCACGAUACCACGGCGUCAGCCAUCAACUGGGUCCUCUAUUGCCUUGGUCUUCACCCAGAUAUCCAGACUCGGGUGCAAGAGGAGCUGGACGACAUAUUUGGCGGUUCUGACCGACCCGCGACCAUGGACGACCUUCGCCAGAUGAAGUACGCGGAAAUGUGCAUCAAGGAGUCCCUGAGAAUAUUCCCCCCCGUGCCCGUCAUCUCUAGGGACAUCAAAGAGGAAAUUGUUAUAAACAACUACCGUAUUCCGGCCAAAACCAUCGUGGCUGCAGUCAUCUAUAAGAUCCAUCGUGACCCCGAGCAGUUCCCUGACCCCGAAGUGUUCGACCCUGACCGCUUCCUGGCGGAGAACGCCACCAAGCGUCAUCCCUACGCCUAUGUUCCCUUCAGCGCCGGCCCCAGGAACUGCAUUGGUCAGAAGUUCGCCAUGCUGGAGCUGAAGACUGUAGUGAGCAGCAUCUUCCGCAAGCUGCGGGUUGAGAGCGUCGUCCCCAGGAAAGACCUUAAGAUAACCGCUGAGAUCAUUCUUAGGCCGGCCAAUGGCAACAUCCUCAAGCUGUCACCCAGGACCAAGUAGGCUACACGAGGGUGCGCGAAGUGGAGGAAACACCUGAAGGAUAACGCAUGGAAGCACACACACGGACGUGGGAGUACAAACAGUGGUUGGAAGAUGACGCAUGAGAGCCCCCAUUGGCGUAGGAUAACCAUGGGGGCUCACAUUGACGUGGGGGUACCUGGUGGGCGACGCAUGGGAGCCCACAGAAGCGUGGGAGUACGUGGAGGAUGAAACACAAUAAUAUUGACACCUACCCGACCAUUAGGCUUCGUUACAAGCCUUUUCCGUUUUUGAUCCGAGGUAUAUAAUUAUUUAUCAUUUGUUGCUGCGUUAAAUUCUUGAACAUUAUAUUAGUUACUGCACUCUAUUCUAGAUUAUUGCAGAGUUGUUGCGUUCUGUUUUAGAAUAUUGCAUAUUUGUUGCAUUCUAUUCUAGAAUACUGCAUACAAUUUUGAUCAGCUUAUCUGAGGAAAGUUGUUGACGAAUUGGAAGAUAAACAGAUUUAAAUGUUGUGAAACCUAUAAAAAAAAAGGACAAAAUUAAGAAAUGAAUCCCCCCCCCCAAAAAAAAAAAAAUUAUUAUUGCUGGACAAAUUAAACGCUCAACGACCAUUUUAAAAUUAUAAGAAAAAUAUUUCAGACCAAAAAAUGAGGCAACAAAGCCAUUUUUUUUAACUGGUGGUAAACAUGCGGAAGACCUCACCAGACGAGGUAAUACAACGUGCUACUGUUUCUACGUAUAAAAAAAAUCUAUAAAUAUAUUUUCCCCCAACUCCUCACCUUACACUGUAAUGGCCCAUUACAAGCUCUUCAAAAACAAGCAGAGCCUCGUGAUGAGCCGAUGGUGUGUUGCUCUUUGGAUUAUUUUGUAAUCGUUUGAUGCUUUGUAAUCCGUUGGAAGCUUUGCAAUCUGUGGUUGCAUUGUAAUCUGUUGGUGACUAAUUUGAAUAUGUGGUUGUUUCUUAAUGCAAUGGUAGCCUUGUAAUCCGCGAUAGCUUUGUAAUCUGAGAAACCUCUGUAAUAAUUUGG